GAUAUGAUUUAAUUAAAUAUCAUCACCAUGAACGAAGAUAGAAGUAUAGAAGAUUCUUCAUAUUUAAGUUAUGAAAUAAAUGGCACUAGAUAUAUUUUACAAACUAUAUCAGAUCCAACUAUAGACAUAGCAAAGACUGUAUCAACGAAUCAAGAACAAAAUACAAUUAAUAUUAUAAAUGAAACACCAGUAGAGAAAGAGGACGAAUCAAUUUCUUUAAUUUGCUUAGAUGGUCAGGUUUAUGCAUUUCAAAAUGGAGAAUUACAAGAAUUAGAUUUUAGUCAAGUAAUAGAUGAAAAUGAAUCACAAGGAAAAACAUUGUUAUUAUCGAAAGAAGAUGAUAAUUGUGAACCACAGUAUAUUACUAAUGAAGGACUAGUAAUUGGAAAUAUUGAUGAACAUUCUCAAGAACAAUAUGAUAUUAUCACAGGACAAAAUGAAAAAAAUUUUAUUGUGGAAAAACAUAAUGUAAAUGCUAAUGAUUUUGUGGAGGUUGUAACUGCAUUCAAAUGUAAAAUAUGUACUUACACUACUCAAGACAAAACACAGUUAUUACAACAUUUUCAAAAAACACAUGUAAAUCCAAAAAUGGAUAUAGAGAUAAAAGAAGAAUCUAAGAACACAGAUGAAGUAAAAUUGCUAUAUAUGUGUGGAGAAUGUUCUAGUUGCUUUCCUUCUAUUGAAGAUUGUAAAGAACAUAUGAUAAAUGAUCAUCAGUUAACAGAUACAGGAGCUAACAAAGGUGGCAAAGAAAAUAUAACAGAUGACUCAAAAGAUUCUGGGUUAUUAGAGUGUAUAGGACAGAGUGUUGAAAAUAAUGAUAUAAAACGUCAAGUUAAAAUUCAAAAACCUCUAAAUUCUGAAUAUAUGCUCAAUAAAAAAAUGAUUGAAUUGAUGGAAAGAAAUAUAAAGUGUUCAUAUCGCGGAUGCCCCUAUAAAUUUUCGACAGAGGAAACAAUGCAGCAACAUGCACUUUGUCACAUAGAAUCACAAAAUGGAACAGCAUUUAAAUGCAGCGUUUGUCGUGAUAUGAAAUUUACUAAAUGGAGACAGUGUAGCUUACAUUUAUGGAAAAAGCAUCAAGUUGAUAUAGGUUUAUUUACUUGUAAAAUAUGUAAAGCAUAUAAGAGUGCAACAAUGGUAAAACUUUUAACUCAUAUGCGUGUGCAUAGUGAGACUCGUGAGUAUGAAUGUUCAGAAUGUGGCAAAUGUUUUAAACAAGCCAGUCAAUUACGUAAUCACAGAGUGAUGCAUUUGGAUCGUAAAACAUUGGAAGUAACACGAUGGUAUACUUCAAAGAAAUGUGAUAUGUGUGGAAAGACUUAUGCAAAUUCCAAAUGUUUAAAAAGUCAUAUUCAAGCAGUUCAUUCGAAAUUGCGACCAUACGUUUGUAAUGUCUGUGGACAUUCUAGCGCUAGAAAAGCAAUGUUGCAAAUGCAUUUACGUCAACAUACUGGUGAUAAACCCUUUAGUUGUGAACUUUGUGAAUACAAAACUGGAGAUCACAAUACGUUGCGACGUCACAUUAUGCAGCAUACAGGUUUUAGACCUUACAAAUGCCCUCAUUGUUCUUACACUGCAAUACAAAGUAGUAGUUAUAAAAAUCAUUUAAAAUCUAGACAUCCCUUAUUGUCUGGUUUAUUUACAUGUGACCUAUGUCCCUUUAAAACUGUAAAAAAUCAAAGUUAUAUACAACAUGUAAGAGAUCAUGAAAAGGGAUUAAUCAAAGCAAAUAUGCAAAAGAAGGAUAGUGAAAGCGUCGAAGUUUUUCCUGGCAACAUUGCAGCGGCCCAAUUAAUUUAUAGUUGUUUGGGUGCAUUUUCAAAAGUGGGAGAUACUUUAGAAGCAAACUUAAUGUCUUCCUCAACAUCUGCGGAUGGUACAUCACAAACAAUUACGAUACAAAUUCCAUCGAAACAUCUUGAAGGUUCACUGCCAACAAGAGAAAGUGGAACUAAAAAUAAUUCAGCAAUUGAACAAGAAGAUGAAGAAACAAUGCAUUGUUUCUUAAAAAUUCCAAGAGAAGAAGAAGAAAGCAUAGAUACUGGUGGUAUAACUAUACCUGCAGAACCUGAAGAAUCAGGUGCAACAACAAUUAAUGUUGAUACGUGAAAAUAUAGAAUCUUAC